AUGCUACUCCUUGCAUCGCGACGCGCAGUCGCCUCUGUCGGCAGCCUCGCAGUCAUGCCCAGCCUCAGUCUGCUCCUCCUUCUCGUUCACAUGAUUACCAUCGCGGACGCGAGUCCCGAAGCGGCAUCUCCUGACUUUGUUAUCGUUGGCGGUGGGACUGCUGGCUGUACCAUUGCAGCUCGACUCUGUUCACGUGUCCAAACAGCAAGUGUUGUAGUUCUGGAACGCGGAGUUCCUCGUAGCCCCCAGUCUGAAUUAUUGAUGCGUGCCGCGCGGAACAUUGGACGGACAUGGGAAGAUCCGAACCUCUCGCAGACGUUUCAAUCUGAACCAGACCCCAGUAUGGCGGGACAACGGCAGGAAAUUAUCGACGCAAACACGCUCGGCGGGGCAUCGUCAAUUAACGCCAUGCAGUGGGGUAUCCCACUAGGAAACAAAGAGGGCAGGUGGGGAAUUCGAGGGCUGUCGUCCCGUGUCGCCAAGCGGUUCUAUCGUCGUGCGUAUCGCAAGGUAGGCUUCGCCCAACAACCACAAUCGUUGAGACAACUGUAUGGGGACGAAUAUGCUGACGCUGCCUCAAGAACAAGGUUUACAAGAGAGUUCAGUCCGUUCAAGACAAGUCUGCGAGAGGCUGUUUGGGAGAUGGCCGUUGCCGUCACUCCAUCCGGUAGAAGGAUUGACUCAUGCACUGCGUAUCUCAAGCCUGUAUUGAAUGGAAGAUGUAGGAGGAAUUUGAGAUUGAUCCAGGGGACGACGGUUACUCGGGUCCUUCUUGACAACAGCACAGUGCCACGAGCAAUUGGCGUGGAAUAUGUCGAUUCCAAAGAUACUCGCUUGACCAACAAGAACGUGCUGCUUGCUUCCAAAGAGGUAAUACUAUCAGCGGGACCAUUCGGAUCUCCCAAGUUGCUGCAAUUAUCCGGCAUCGGGCCAAGAUCUCAUCUUCAAGCGGCCAACGUAGAGACGAGAGUAGAUCUACCCGUGGGGCAGCGGACGCAGUCGCGGGCCCUGGGCUUUGUAUCCUCACAAUACUACAAGGGACAGCCUCUAGAGCCGUCGAACAACUCCACGAUCUUGAAUGGUCCUGAAACUCUCCGCAGUUGGCGUCGCAGACAGCCAAGUGUAUUGGGCAGCACCGGUUUCGCCACAAUGGCGGUGCUGAAGGACAUUGGAUACGUGCCAAUGUCAACGGCGAACGACGCCACGACGCUAGACGAACGAAUUUUGCAGUCAUUUUGCUUGACAAACCCUACUAGUUAUGGCUAUCUUCGCAUCCUCGACGGGGAUCCAUUUUCGACGCCAAAAGUGCUUCUCAACGCCCUCGGCAGUCGCACAGAUGUGAACCGAAUGCGGACAUGCCUAGAGCGAUUUGUGCGUGUACACAGGAAUCUCCCAGCAUCCUUCCAGUUGGAGACAACAUGCCCAGCACCUGACUUCAACGACACACAACUGAGACAAAGGACCUCAUUCAGUCUGCAUUUUGUCGGCGGGUGUCGGGUGGGGGCCGUGGUGCGGAGCGAUCUUUCGGUGAAAGGCGUGGAAGGACUGAGGGUUGUCGACUCCUCGGUAUUCAGGAGUAUGCCGGUGUCGGCUGGACCCAUGGCCUCGACGUACAUGCUGGCGGAAUUUGUGGCUGACAAAUUGGCCAAGAUGUAUGCCAGGGGGGUGCGACGAAAAUCGGUGUGGUGA